AUGUCCACCAAACAGGUUCUCACGCCGUAUAUCAAGUCGCUCUUUCUCGAACCGCCAAACCUCACGCCAGACGAUUUGAGCACCGUUCUCAGGUCCAUGUUUCGUGGAAUACCUUCGGAUAUCCAGCUGGCAGCGUUUCUUACUGCUUUAAGAAUGAGAGGACUCGACCACGAGCCUGAGUUUAUUGCCGCUGCUGUGCUGACGAUAUUGGAGUUUUCAGACUACAUCUUGCCUGAACUUGUGGAUAAAGACGGGUACAUUGACAUUGUUGGCACCGGUGGAGACGGACAGAAUACCUUCAAUGUGCUGACUUCGGCAGCUAUUGUGGCUGCUGGAAUGGGGCUUAAGGUGUGUAAGCACGGCGGGAAGGCGCUGACGUCGGCUUCUGGGUCUGGCGAUCUUCUUAAGUGUUUGGGCGUGGACCUUAGCGUGGUGAAUAAUAAGACUACGCCUGAAAUAGUGCAGAAAAGCAACUUCUGCUACUUGUUUGCGCCUUCUUUCCAUCCUGGCAUGGGCAAGGUGGCGCCUAUACGGGCGCAGAUGGGCAUUCCGACGAUAUUUAACAUUUUGGGCCCGCUCAUGAACCCAAUCCCGCUUCGAGCACGUAUUUUGGGCGUCUACUCUGAAAAACUAGGUGAACUGUACGCUUUGGCGGCCGCUAAGCUUGCCCAGAAGAGCCCUACGCAUGAACGCACGAUGGUGGUUUGGGGAGAGGUUGGGCUUGACGAAAUCAGCCCGAUUGGGUCCACGAAGUGCUGGAUAAUCGAUGAAACCGGCAGUAUCACCAGAACAGUCAUUUCGCCCAAGAACUUUAAGCUUCCUGACCAUUCGUUGGAGUCUGUGCGUAGCGGUACUCCUGAACAGAAUGCUGAUAUCUUGUUACAUAUCUUACGCCAGGAUACGCCCGAGUACACUUGCAAGUCAAUCAACCAUCCAUUGGUGGACUACAUUUUAAUGAACGCUGCAGCUGUGGCUGUGAUUGCCGGGUUGACGGAUUCCUGGGAGGAAGGUGUGAAGAUGGCUGUUGACAGUCUUGUGCUGGGCAAAGCCGCCAAGGCGUUGGAGGAUUUCAAGGCUGCUCUUAACGAUGCCAAGACAAAUGGCAUUUAG